GUGUCUCGGUGCUCAGAUCCCUGUUUACCUGGCAGUAGAAAAAAGUUUGGAUCUUUAAUGCAUAAAUGUUGCUAUGAGUGCAUCUCGUGUCCAGAAGGAGAGAUCUCCAACAUUUCAGACAGUGAAAACUGCAUGAAAUGUCCUGAUGAUGAAUGGCCAAAUGAGAAGAAGGAUCGGUGUGUUCCAAAAUUGGUGGAAUUUCUCUCCUACACUGAUGAUACAAUUGUUGUAAUAUUUUCACCUGUCUCCAUCGUCUCUUGUCUUCUGACUGGUUUAAUAUUGGGGAUAUUUAUACAUUACCGGGACACCCCCAUUGUUAAAGCUAAUAACCGGAACCUGAGCUAUCUUCUCCUGGUCUCCAUCAUGUUGAGCUUCCUCUGUGUCUUCUUGUUCCUCGGACGUCCAGUAGAUAUAACCUGCAUGCUGCGUGUAACCUCUUUUGGUGUCAUCUUCUCAGUUGCUGUCUCUUCUCUACUUGCCAAAAGUAUCAUGGUGUGUAUUGCUUUUAAAGCCACCAAACCUGGGAGUCCCUGGAGGAAAUGGAUGGGAGCCAAACUGCCCUAUGGUAUCAUUUUUGUCUUCUCACUGGUUCAAGUAAUAAUCUGUGUCUCUUGGUUGUCUACUAAUCCCCCCUUCCAGAAUCAGGACACUCACUCUUAUCAGGGGAAGAUCAUCAUUCAGUGUAAUGAGGGUUCAGUUAUCGGCUUCUACUCUGUCCUGGGAUAUAUGGGGCUACUGGCAGCUUAUUUUGUUAGCAUGUUGAGAAUGAACAUUGUUACAUUUUAA